AUGUCAAGCACUAUUUUUUACAAAUUUCGGUCACAAAAUACAACGUCCCGAAUCCUAUUUGACGGGACUGGUAUAACGGUAUUCGAUCUGAAGCGAGAAAUCAUCCAGGAAAACCGGUUGGGUGACGGUACGGACUUUCAACUCCGUCUGUACAAUCCAGACGGUGGGGAGGAGUUUGAGGAUGAUGCGCAGGUGAUUUCCCGGUCCUCGAAUAUUGAAGCCAGGCGGUCUCCAGCCAUAAAAGUAAACGGCCUUAAUGGGCGCGUUUCUCUCGGAAAUGCAGUUAGAUACGUAACAGGGAAACCGAGAGUCACCAAGACUAGCAGUAGUAUGCCUGCAGUCAACACUCAAGUCACAAACACUAAGGGUAUGAACGAAGAAGAUGCGAUUGCCAGCAUGUUCGCAAAUCAAGAAAGCCAGUGGCAGCAGACCCAGCAGGAUAUGGCUGGCGCGACACCCGUUUUCCACAAAACUGGGAACGUGGCAGGCCAAGAUGAAGGACCUCCACCUCCAGGAUAUAUGUGCUACCGGUGUGGUGGCAAAGACCAUUGGAUUAAAAACUGUCCCACAAACUCAGACCCUAAUUUCGAGGGCAAGCGCAUUAGACGGACUACAGGUAUUCCCAAAAAAUUCCUGAAGAGUGUCGACGUGGACCCUUCUACUAUGACCCCUGAAGAAAUGGCCCAGCGGCGUAUUAUGGUCACAGACGAUGGUAGUUUUGUCGUGCAAGUUGCAGACCAACAUUCGUGGGAAGAUUAUCAGAGGAAACAACAAUCACGCGCUAUGAAUCAAAACGAUAUGAAUUGGGCGAAGAGUCAUUUUCCAGACCUACCGGAAGAUCUAAAAUGUCCCAUAACCGGCGGGCUGUUAAAAAGUCCAGUGAAAACCAGUAAAUGCUGCGGGAAGCAUUUCUCGCGACAGGCUCUGGAAGAUAUGCUUGUUGAAAAUGAUUUCACUUGCCCCGCUUGUGGAAAGGAAGAGAUCUUGCUAGACUCGCUUGUGCCGGACGAAGACAAGGAGAAACAAGUGGAGAAAUUUUUGGACGAGCAUAGUGUAAAGCGUAAGGAGAACGGCGAAGAUGGUGGAAUUUUGAAGAAACCCAAAAUGGCCAUGCCCGUACCACCUUUUGGUAUGCCCUUCCCCAUGUUUCCCAUGCCUUUUAUGCCGAACAUAAAUCCUGCGAAGCAGUAG